GCGGGUACUAGUGACCACGUCUCGGCGUCGUCGCCAGUCAGCUGAGCGGGCUCGGCGCCUCCUCACGUACCUAGACGCCACCACCGACGGUACCGCCUUCCACUUAUGUCGUAAAAGAUGCCAUGAAAGCCUCUUGUGACGUCACCAUGCCAGGAUGCCCCUGACGUCAUGGCGUUGCCUCGUAGUGCUGCUUCUGUUUUGUUCUCGUUCAUUCACUUCCGCCUGUUAUUAAAAUUGGAGCGAUAUUCACCCAAGAUCAGAAAGACAGUAGCACUGAAUGGGCAUUCAAAUACGCUGUCUACAGGAUAAAUAAAGAUAAACACCUUCUGCCAGACACCACGUUAGUAUACGACAUACAAUAUGUUCCCAAGGACGAUAGCUUCCAUGCAUCUAAGAAAGCCUGCCAGCAGGUCGAGUUUGGUGUGCAGGCGGUGUUCGGACCAAGUGAUCCCAUGCUGGGAGCUCACAUCCAUUCCAUAUGUGACGCCCUCGACAUCCCCCACCUCGAGGCCAGGGUCGACCUUGAGGCCGAGUAUCGGGAAUUCUCCAUCAACCUCCACCCCUCACAGCCUCUACUCAAUAAGGCACUGCAGGACGUCAUGACCUACCUCAAUUGGACCAAGGUCGCUGUCAUUUACGAACAGGACUAUGGUCUGGUGAAGUUACGGGAAUUGGUGAGAGCUCCGUCCAAGCGAGAUGUGGAGAUUCACCUGAGGCAAGCGGACCCCGACACUUAUAGAGCUGUUCUAAAGGAGAUCAAAACUAAAGAGAUCCACAACCUGAUAGUAGAUACUCGUCCAGAGCACAUGCACCACUUUCUCAGAGGAAUAUUGCAACUACAAAUGAACGAUUACAAAUACCACUACUUGUUCACCACUUUUGAUAUAGAAACAUUUGAUCUUGAGGACUUCAAGUACAAUUUUGUCAACAUGACUGCGUUCCGAAUUGUGGAUGCUGAAGAUGUUGGCGUAAUGGAAAUACUUAAAGACAUGGAGAGGUUCCAGUCUAAUGGACAAAGCCUUCUAAAUAAAUCUAGGAUAAUACAGGCUGAGCCAGCGCUGAUGUACGACUCGGUCCACGUGUUCGCUCUCGGUCUGCAGACCUUGGAGCAGAGCCACUCCUUGGCGCUGGCCAACGUGUCCUGCGACUCAGAGCAGCCCUGGGACGGAGGACUAAGCCUCAUUAAUUAUAUCAACUCUGUCGAGCUGAAAGGACUGAGUGGACCAAUAGAGUUUAAAGAAGGUCGGCGGAUCCAGUUCAAACUGGAUCUGUUGAAGCUGAAACAGCACUCCUUGGUGAAGGUCGGAGAGUGGAGCCCGGCCACCGGGGUUAACAUAUCAGACAAGGCUGCCUUUUUUGACUCCGGCACCAUGAACGUCACUCUGGUGGUUAUCACUAUACUGGAAAUACCUUACGUGAUGAUGCACUACGGAAAGAACUACACCGGAAAUGCACGUUUCUACGGCUUCUGCGUGGACUUACUAGAGCGCGUUUCGAAAGAAGUUGGGUUUGAUUACAUCCUGGACCUGGUGCCAGACCGGAAGUACGGCGCACAGGACGCGGAAACCGGAGAAUGGAACGGCAUGGUGCUGCAACUCAUGAAACAUGAAACCCCGUAUGUGAUGAUGAAAGCUCUCGAGAACACCAGCACCCCUCGCUUCGAGGGUUUCUGCAUAGAUCUGCUGAAAGAGAUUGCGGAUAUGGUAGGUUUCGAGUACCGGAUCCAGCUGGUGCCUGACGGCAAGUACGGAGUGUAUGACCCAGACACUGGGGAAUGGAACGGGAUCGUUCGUCAACUCAUGGAUAAGAAGGCGGAUUUGGCUGUUGGAUCGAUGACAAUUAACUACGCCAGAGAGAGCGUCAUAGAUUUUACGAAACCUUUCAUGAACCUCGGAAUCAGCAUAUUAUUUAAGGUGCCCACAUCACAAGAAACGCGGCUGUUCUCCUUCAUGAAUCCUUUAGCCGUGGAGAUCUGGCUGUACGUUUUGGCGGCUUACGUGUUGGUCUCCAUCACAAUGUUCAUAGUGGCGCGGUUCUCCCCGUACGAGUGGCACAACCCUCACCCUUGUGACCAGGAGAACGACCUCAUAGAGAACCAAUUCUCGCUGGCCAACAGCUUUUGGUUCACUAUAGGGACUCUCAUGCAGCAAGGCUCCGACCUCAAUCCGAAGGCGACUUCGACACGAAUUGUCGGCGGCAUCUGGUGGUUCUUCACUCUGAUCAUCAUAUCCUCCUACACCGCCAACCUUGCCGCCUUCCUCACCGUAGAGCGGAUGAUCACUCCCAUUGAGAACGCUGAAGAUCUAGCGGGUCAGACUGAAAUCGCUUACGGCACUCUUGACAGUGGGUCUACCAUGACAUUCUUUAGGGACUCAAUGAUAGAAACUUACAAGAAGAUGUGGAGGUUUAUGGAAAAUAAAAAGCCAUCGGUGUUCGUAUCGACUUACGAAGAAGGUAUCCGCAGAGUUCUGGAGGGCAAUUAUGCGUUCCUCAUGGAAUCAACAAUGCUGGACUACAUCGUCCAGCGAGACUGUAACCUCACUCAGAUCGGUGGCCUCCUGGAUACCAAGGGAUACGGCAUUGCUACGCCCAUGGGGUCACCAUGGCGGGAUAAAAUCUCUCUUGCCAUUCUUGAGCUACAAGAGAAGGGAGAAAUCCAAAUGCUGUAUAAUAAAUGGUGGAAGAAUCCAGGAGAUACGUGCACAAGAACGGAAAAAGGAAAGGAAUCCAAGGCGAACGCACUCGGCGUCUCCAAUAUUGGAGGUGUGUUUGUAGUGUUACUAUGUGGAUUGGCAAUAGCGGUCAUAGUGGCGAUUUUUGAGUUCUGCUAUAAUUCUAAAAGAAGCACCCAAAUGGAAAGGAGAGCUGUGCCCGCACCUCACCAGUCACUGUGUGCUGAAAUGGCUGAAGAGUUGUGCUUCGCUCUGAGGUGUCGAGGUUCUCGUCAAAGGCCUGCUCUCAAGCGGCAAUGUUCCAAGUGUGUUCCUGGUACCACCUAUGUGCCCGCUUCCUUCGACCUGCCUCACCCACCCAACAACGUCCUUAGAUCACAGUCGCAGUGUCCAAGUGAAGCAGGUUGCCCCAUGUUCCAGAGGAGUAGUUUGGCAGUUCCCCUAGAUCUUCCUCCUCACCUACACUAUGACGCUUCCUAGUUACUCUUCUAGACUACAACACUGCUUCUCUCCGGUUCAGCUGGAUCGGCACCGUGGCGUCAUACGUGAAGCAUAUUAAGCAACUUGACUGUAUGAAUCGUUACAAGUGGGUAAAGAAUCUCAUUGUGAGUGUUUAUGACCUGCCGCAACUGCCGAAGUUAAAUGUAUUGUAGCUGUCUAAUCAGAAGUAAGUAUUAAAUGUUUAAAUUUUAAAAGUAACAAAACAUUACAUGUGUUUGUAAACUAACCAAUAGUUAGAACGUUUGGUGCAGCUGCACCCUAAAAUGAACCGUAUAAAAUCUUAUUUUUAACGGUUUGUUCAUUUUAAUACAUACCAAAAUGAAUGUUGUUUGAUUAUGAACGAUACAUUAUUACGAUUCAAAAGUUUAUUUUAACAAAAUAAGGAUUCGUAUAUGAUUAUUUAUUGACAGAAUACAAACAUUCAAAUGCAAGAGUACUUUAACAUAAUACAGUGUAAAUAAAGAAACCAGUCUCGGAUUUAUUUUAUUUGUUUAUUUGCAUUACAAUUGAUCUUUUAUCGCUUUGUGGCAGUGUACGAUUUGAUAAUCAAUAAUGUGUAGUAUAAGUAAUUAAUAUUGGAUCAUAAUAGGUGACGUAAUACAGGGGCCACAACCCACAUCUCGUACAUAGUUAUAGGCAAACAUUGUCAAUGGACUGGCUACUGAGCUUUUAAAACGAUUGUGAUAUGUAAAUUUAUAUCUAAUCUAUUUUAAAAACUGCAUUUUUAAAGUAGACCUAUCUUGAUGUCGAAAACCACUAUCAUUGUUGCAAAUAGUUAGGAUUAGAAAUAAUAUUAGUGUAUCCAAGUUAAAGGCAACAAUACAGUUGUCUUUAGUAUAUUAUGUGUUUUUAGCCCACGUUGUUGCAAUCAUGUCGUUGAUAAUAAACUAUUUAUAUGAAAUUUUCA